AUGAGUGUGUGUGGCCCACCAAGACUGCUGGAGCUGGCUGUGCAAAGCCUGCUGAAGGAUGAGGCCUUAGCUAUUGCAGCUCUGGAGUUGCUGCCCAUGGAGCUCUUUCCACCUCUGUUCGUGGCUGCCUAUUCUGGGAGACAAAGUGAAACACUAAAAGCAAUCGUGCAGGCAUGGCCCUUUGUUUGCCUGCCUCUGGGAGCCUUGAUGAAGGAAAAGCAGUUUCAUCAGGAGAACUUCCAAGCUGUGCUCAGUGGACUGGAUGCACUGCUUUCUCAGGAGGUUCGCCCCAGACGUUGGAGACUACAAGUGCUGGACUUACGCAAGAAUGCCCAUCAGAACUUCUGGACUGUGUGGUCUGAUACCAGGGCUAGUCUGUGCUCAUUGAUGGUGUCAGAGGAUACUCGGCCAGUGAAGACAAAGAAAAAAGUGAAUGGUUCCAGGAUAAGGGCAGAACAAGCUUUGGUGCCUGUGGAGGUGUUCAUAGAUUUGUCCCUAAAGAAAGGCAGCUGUGAUCAAUUGCUCACCUCCCUUUUUGAAAAGGUGAAGCAAAAGAAAGGUUUACUGCACCUAUGUUGUAAGAAGCUGAGUAUUUUUAGAGUUCCUUUGCAAAAUAUUAAGUUGCUUGUAAAAAUGAUACGGCUGGACUCUGUCCAGGAUUUAGAAGUGAGUUGCACCUGGACCCUGUCCAACCUGGGGAAUUUUGCUCCUCAUUUGGGCCAGAUGUGUGAUUUGCAUAGACUUGUGCUCUCCUACAUCCAUAUAUCUCCAUACACAUCUCAGGAAGAGGAAGAACAUUGUGUCCACCAGUUCAGCUCUCAAUUCUUGAGUCUGCAUCACCUCCAGGAACUGUGUUUGGAUUCCAUCCCCUUCCUCCAAGGCCGCCUUCACCAUGUGCUCAGGUGCCUAAUGAGCUCUUUGAAGAUCCUCUGGAUCACUAAUUGCCUGCUUUUGGAAUCAGACUUGAUGUACCUGUCCCAGUGCCCCAACAUCAGUGAGCUAAAGGACCUUGAUUUAAGUGGAGUCAAUUUAACUAGCAUAAGUCUUGAGCCGCUUCAAGAUCUGCUAGAGAGAGUCUCCACCACCCUCCAGACCCUGGGGUUAAUUGAUUGUGGGAUUGUAGAUCACCAACUUACUGUUAUCCUGCCUUCCCUGAGCCACUGCUCUCAGCUCACAGCCCUUAAGUUAUAUGGGAAUCCAAUCUCCAUGUCCAUGCUAAAGAAUCUCCAGUGCCAAAACAUUAGGCUGAUCAAUCUAAGCUACAUGCUGUAUCCUGGACCAUUGGAGAGUGACCAGGAUAUUCCCAGUAACUUCCACCUAGAGAGAUUUGCCCACCUGCAUAACAAGCUGAAAUGGAUGCUGCAUGAGUUGGGGCAUGCCAACAUGGACUGGUUCAGUAGCAACCCUUGUCAUCAUUGUGGUGACAGUACUUUUUAUGACCCAUAG